GCAUUGUAAAAGUAAUGUUACGCAAUAUAUUUAUGCCGCAUCUAACUGUCUUACCACGUGAUAGAUUAGAAAGUCCACAAUGACACUUUUUUCCACCUAACCUAUUUUAGGAUUCCUCAGAAUGACAAGGUGAACAAUAAUUAGAUAUAAAAAAUUUAAUAUUGGGCCUCUUUUACCAAACGGGUUUAGUACUUAUAGACACUCCGUUAAAAACUUUUGUAACUUUUGAUUCGUGACUGACAGCUCUUUGCGUUAGUUACAGUUCACCAUCGUUAUACUCGUUAUUCGGUAUAUCUGAAAGUCCUUUCGUACUCUCCGUCCGAUUUUUUUUUAAAAAAAAAGGGCUCGAAAAUAAAUGAAAAGAGUUAAAUCUCAUUUUCAUUCUUUACUAGAUUUUUCAAAGUACCCUUUUCUUUUGCUUUUAUUUCAAGUAUCCUCGUUGCUACUCAUCUCUUAAAUCAAAAUUUCAUGAAAUAUAAUUUAAUUUCGACUAAGGACUUAAUCUCGUCAGAAUCUCCGAAUGUUCUUUAUGAAAAUAAUGCAAGAAUAGUAUUCCCAUCGCCAAUUUCAACAGAUUCUUUAUCAUCAUCACCAAAUUUGCGGUGUUCAAAUUCAUCUUUGAAGUUGCAAUCCAAUUUUAUCUCAAAGGAUUACUGGUUCUCAUUUCCAACUUCAAUGCAUACUUCAUAUUUAAAUUUUACAUACUCAUCUAUUUGGAGCUCUUUGAAAUUACCAGCUGCUUCUCAUAAUUCGAUUUUAUCUCAAAACUUACCUGCUUCUUCACCAGUAUGGUGGUCUUUUCCGUAUUUCAAAUAUAUGAUCGCAAAAGAUAAUCGAAGGGUGAACUUUGGUCCUAUUACUCAAAUCUUAUUUGAUGGUUCAUUGUCUUUUCCAAAUCCAGAGCAAUAUUAUUGCUCUUUGUUCCUUCAUCCAGAAUUAUUGGAACGACAAAGACAAGAGGAAGCUAACGCAGAAGCAGCAGCAGCAAUAAUAGAUAAUGAUAAGCCCGAUAUAGAUAUACAUGCAAAAUGGGCCGAUUUUGCAACUGAAAUUAUCUGGCAAAUGUUGCCAAAAUUACCACGAAGAGAAAAAUCGUCAAGUAAUAAUGAAAAUUUCAAAGAAUUUAAAGAGUUUGGCUAUAAGCUUAUAAAAUCUACAGAUUGUUUGGGCCCUGUUAUAGUAAUAAUGCUUAAAUACGUUCAAAGGAUUAUAUUGAGUGGUAAAGAUUUUGAUAUAUACCCUUAUGAACCUGAAUUUGUCCUGCUUGUAGUUGGAUUGAUAUUGUCACAUAAAUGGCUCGAAGAUUCUACAUAUUCCAACAAAUCAUGGGCCGAAAUGUCAGGAAUACCGUUAGAGUUGCUAGGCAAUAUGGAACGGGAUUUCUUGUAUAUUUUAGAUGGCUCGAGUUCUUACUCAAUUAUCAAUAUGUAGAUAAUAAUGUUCAUAUACAAGGAACAAACAACUGCUCUUGGCCCAGAGUGAACUUUCAGUCAGCUGUUGGAGCUGUGAACACUGAAUUGAAUAAAAUCUGUGUAAUGAAAGUUCUCCUUUAAAUUGUCCAUUAACUCCAAAAGAUAAUUCUUUACUCGCACCAACAUCGAAAGAUUUUUUUAAUACUUAUAACAACAUUAUUAAUACGAGGUGGUGAGCGGUGACUUAUAGAUGAGUCGGUGAUUAGGAUAUAUAUACAUGCAUAUAUAUAUUUUUUUAUCGUUAUUCAUAGAACCUUUUUUUAUACGGUUU